CUGAGCGAGAGAUAGAAAGGGAGGACCAGCGAAGUGCAGUGCUGCACGCGUGUCUGUGUGAGGAGGAGGAGAGAGUGAUACAGAUAGCAAGGAAGCUAAUGGCAGGUUUACACAGGAAUCAAGACACAGCGCUAGGCACCAACCCAAAGAAGAAAAAGGAGGGAUUGCCAAUGCACACACGCCCACACAGAUACACACCACAGACAGAGCAGAGCAUGAAUAAGACACAUUAAGGGACAGAGGAAAGAGGUUUGUUUGCAGACCGAGCAGUCAACCAUUACUUAAGGAUAACAGGAUUGACAGCCGGGGUAUAAAUCUGGAUAAUAAGAAAAAGGAGGCAGAGAAAGAAGCUCCAGCAACUCUAUCUUCCUUUUCUGUCCAUCCUGAGUCUACACUAGCUGGCCCUUCCAGCUUCUAAAUGAUUGAAGCCAUGCCUCAACUCUCUGGAAGCACAGGGUUGCAUGAGACUCUGGCCCUUCUCACCUCUCAGCUCCACCCUGAUGCCAAACACAAAGAAGACCUGGUGUUCCUCAAGGAUAUCUUCAGCGAGAAGAGCCUGGCGUAUCUGAUGAAGAUCCAUGAGAAGUUGCGGCAGUAUGAGCGACAGAGCCCUACUCCAGUUCUCCACAGCGCCUCCUGUCUGGCAGAGGAUUUGGCCGAGGAGAUUCAGAAUGGACCGAUGGAAGGUGAUGAGAGGGAACUGCUUCUACUUCUGAGUGCUCCUCAUCUCAAGGCUAUCCUGGCAGCCCAUGACACGGUGGCCCAGAAGAACUUUGACCCCGUGCUGCCCCCGCUGCCAGACGAAGUGGACGACGAGCUGGAGGAAGAGUCUGUGAAGAUCGUCCGGUUGGUGAAGAACAAGGAGCCCCUGGGGGCGACCAUCCGCAGGGAUGAAGUGACGGGGGCUGUAUUAGUGGCCAGGAUCAUGAGGGGAGGGGCUGCGGACCGCAGUGGUCUGGUGCAUGUUGGAGACGAACUUCGAGAGGUCAACGGAAACCUGAUAAUUCACAAAAGACCAGAUGAGAUCAGUCAGAUUCUGUCCCAGUCACAAGGCUCCAUCACUUUGAAGAUCAUCCCUGCCGUUGCAGAGGAAGAUAGGCUGAAGGAGAGCAAGGUCUACCUGAGGGCCCUGUUUGACUACACCCCCUUUGAGGACAAGGCCACGCCCUGCCAGGAGGCGGGACUUCCUUUCAAGCGGGGGGAUAUCCUGCAGGUGGUAAGCCAGGACGAUGCCACCUGGUGGCAGGCCAAGAGAGUGGGCGACAGCAACCUGAGGGCCGCCCUAAUCCCCUCUACACAGUUUCAGGAGAGGCGUCUUAAAUACAGAAUAAAGAUGGGCACUUACCAGGCGCCUGUGUCACCGAAAACACCCACAUAUGAUCCGGCUGAAAGAGCAGACUGUGACAGUGAGGGCUCUCAGAGUGGACAAGACAUAGCUGGUCUACGCAGAAGUUUCUGUCUGAGUAGAAAAGAUCGACAGGGGUCCCCAGGAGAGCCUCGCACUCCAGACUCGGCCCUGCUGGACUUCCUAAUCUAUGAGGAAGUGACACGCUACCAGCCCCACCCCAGCGAGAGGCCUCGCCUAGUGGUGCUGAUAGGUUCCCUUGGGGCCAGAAUUAAUGAGCUCAAACAGAAGGUGAUCGCUGAGAAUCCCUGCCACUUUGGUGUGGCUGUGCCGCACACCACUAGAGCCAAGAAGAGUCACGAGAGGGAGGGAGUGGAGUACAACUUCAUCACUAAACAGGCCUUUGAGGCUGACAUUCAGAGCAACAUUUUUAUAGAGUAUGGGGAGUACAAGGAUCAUUUCUAUGGCACCAGUCUGGAGGCCAUCCGCAGUGUGCUGGAUCGAAAUAAGAUUUGCUUGGUGGAUGUACAACCAGAGGCACUGAAGAUCCUAUGGACAGCUGAGUUUAAGCCUUAUGUUAUAUUUGUGAAGCCUCGUAUCCAUGAGAGCCACUGCAAACGUCACGGCUCCUCUUCGUCACUCAGUGUAGGCAUCACUGAGGAGGACCUUCAGGAAAUGAGGCAGUCGGCCGUGCUGAUGGGCGAGCGCUACGGCCACCUGGUGGACCGGGUACUAGUGAAGGAGGACUUGGCCAGUGCAUGCGUUGAACUCCGGGACAUCUUGCAGAGGGUUGAGACAGAGGUUCACUGGGUGCCUAUUGGCUGGGCCCGAACCACCUAGCAUACUGGCGCUACAGAGGGGCCAUUGCAUAUAAUACAAUUAAAAACCAGGCCAUUAGAAACUAGCGGGUGACAUUGAGAUAAUGGGAAUGGAUUUGAACUUUGACGUGUUUUACUGCCAUUGUGUUCAACCACUCCCGUAAUCUCACAAGCCAGAACCAAAUCUCAGAUGCGCUUACGCUAACAGUCACAAGAGACUACCACUGCCAGAGUGAUGGUGUUGGUGGUGGCAAACUGACAUUGAGAUGAGGGGAGAAGGAAUGGGACCUUUCCACGAGGACAACGGCUAUCAGUGGUGACUCAAGUGAAUACGGUGGAAUCAUUUGGAGCAGUUUGGGUUGACAGACUCUUAAUAAGAGACUUGUCGUUGCCUUUACAUGUUGGAUCAGAAGUAUUGGCUGCCGUCACCUCAAGAUCAAGUUUGCAUUGCUGAAUUGUGGACAGUUUAAACAGUUCCUUCAUCCUCAUUGCAUGAGCUUGUCCUGUUUACAUUAUUUUUAAUAGAGGCUAUGUGCAAUGGGGAAUUGUGGAUACUGGCUGAACUAAAGCAUGGUAAUAAAAUGUUGUUGAUCAGGCGGCUAAGACACUGUAAGUCCCAAAUGGAAGGGUAACAGAUUGUAGCCUCAGAGACUCCACAGAAAUCUGCCAAAAUAAAGCUCAAUAACUUAAUGCAUCCACACACUCCUAUUGAGCGUUCACCUGUAUUUUGAGUAGGGCUAUGCCAUCCUGAUCUGUAGUAGAGCAUAAUAAUCCUAAUUGGCAAUGUGGCAACAACCAUGAAAAAGCAUAUAAUACUUGCAUGUGAGAGUAAUGGUCUUGAAAAUGUAUACUAUUUAUCAGAGCCACGCAUUCUAUAAUAAUCUAGAAUGUGUACAGUAGAUUAGUCUAGUAAGUACUGAACAUCAAACAGAAUGCAGUACAAAUAUUGGUUUUCAAUGAUACAUAACAGAUGUGAGCAAGAUGGAGAUGUGAUUUCAUUAUGAAUGAUCAAUGAUGAUUACUCAUUGAACGCAAAAUAAUACUGAGGACUGUGUGCUUUGUGAUGAAGUAAUUCAAUAAAAUCUCUUCCUUAAAGAUA